AUGUCCGGUAUUUUCAAUAUUUCAGAUCUCAUGAAAACUUAUGCUGGUAUUGCUGCUGGACGUAAUUCACCAAGUACUAGAGGUCAAUCAGUAGGAAUUCAGCAGUUAGCCGGAGAUGGAGAUUUCCAGAAGGUAGAACCGCGUAAUCGUCAUGGAAGAGCUACUGGUUCACUUGUUGAUGCAAGACCUCGACCAUUGAACGGGGGUAAACGCGGAGCUACUUCUCAACGAAAAAUACCUAAAUCAGCCAAGAUUCUAGCAGAUCCACCAAAAAAGCCGAAGCCUGUAAGACAGAGUAAGAGGGAUGGAGUGUUGUCGAGAAUUCCAGGAGUACAAGAGUCCCAGUCCACAGCCAAUGCCGGGGUACUUGGAGCUUCCAACAUAAAUGCAACACCUGGCACGAUGCCUCCUGCUGCUGUACAUAAGUAUACAGAUCUCCACACUUCAAUUCCAGUAACUUUAGCUGGCUUUGGCUCCCCUGCUACUUCACAGAAGAUUUUGAUUCCUCGAACGUUGACGAUUAGGGCAACUGCUACUGAAGUAUCUAGCACUCAUGACAGCAGUGGAAGUUUGGGCAAUCAGAUAUCAGCAACAUUGACCACAGCUACCACCGAAACACCCUUUGCUUCGAACUUCCAUGGAAUGCUUGCCUCCAACUUCAAUUCUACUUUACUCCAUAAUACAGUUCCCCAGAGCUUGCCAGUAGUGACCACUGCUUCUGUUGGAAUAUCUGGAAUUCAAAACGGCAGUGGGAUACCUGGAACUGGUAUCUCGACGUUGACAUCGCAGAAUUCUCGUCCUCAGACGUCAUUACCAGUGAUUUCAACCAGCGGAGUAUUAACUCCACCCAUGUACACUCGUGGAAUAGCUGGCUUUGGCUCCUCUGCUGCUUCACAGUAUAUUCCAAUCCCCCUGACGUCGACAGUUAUGACUACUGCUGCUGCUGGAACACUUGAAGGUCUAAACAGCAGUGGAAUACCUGACAGUAGAAUUUCUGCUGCUAGAUCGCAGAAUGUGGUAACCCAGACAUCACCAUCAUCGAGUACAGCUACUGUUGGAACACCUGUUACCUCUGACUUGAGUGGAAUAGCUGGCCUCGGCUCCUCUGCUGCUUCACAGCACAUUCCAAUUGCCCAGACGUCGAAUGUUAUUGCUGCUACUACUGCUGAGAUACUUAGAGCUUUGAAUAGUAGUGGAAUGCCUAACAGUAAGAUCUCUGCCACUACACCGCAGAUUCGAGUGACUCAGUCAUGA